AUGAGAACUCUUCUUUCAUUGAGCUUUCCUGCUUCUCCUUCCUUCUUCCACGGCAACUAUCGUCUUCUGAAUUGGCUCCUUUUUCCAGUCUUCUUCUACAUCUUGUUGAGUUACGCCGAAUUAGCUCUUAUUUGGUUAGUGCGGAAGAUUUUCUGGGAAUUAGAGGUUCGACUAGUUAUGGAUAGUAAUAAGGACGACGCGUUGAGGUGUCUGAGGAUCGCCGGAGACGCCAUUGCUUCCGGUGACAAGGAACGAGCAUUGAAAUUCAUCAGAAUGGCGAAACGGCUAAAUCCAACCCUCUCUGCUGAUGAAAUCACUUCCGCUUGUGAAAAUCCGGAUUCGGUUUCAAGGAAUCCGUCUCUCAGUGAAAAUCUCAACAAAGCGGAUGGUGAGAAGAGUAACGAGAAGAAGCAAUAUACAGAGGAAAACGUGGAGCUGGUUAUGAAUAUCAAAAGGAACAACGACUACUACAAAAUUCUGGGUUUAGAGAAGAAUUGCUCGGUGGAAGAGAUCAGAAAAGCUUAUAGGAAGCUAUCCUUGAAAGUUCACCCUGAUAAGAACAAGGCACCGGGAUCAGAGGAAGCUUUCAAGAAAGUUUCAAAAGCGUUUACUUGUUUGAGCGAUGGAGACUCGAGAAGCCAAUAUGAUCAAGUGGGAUUCGUUGAUGAGAGGCAAAACACUCGUAGUAGGCCGAGGAGGAGGAGAUAUAACAAUCCGAGGAAUGGUUUUUUCGAGGAUGAGUUUGAUCCUGACGAGAUAUUCAGAGCGUUUUUUGGUCAGCAACGAGAGAUGUUUCGUGCUUCUCAUACAUAUAGAACGAGACAAGCACGUAACCAGCCUCGAGAAGAGGAGGUUAAUGUGGCUGGUGGACCAAGUUGGUUGACGAUUGUUCAGAUCCUACCGUUCUUGCUGCUUUUGUUGCUUGCUUAUCUGCCGUUUUCUGAGCCUGACUUUUCUCUGAACAAGAACCAGACGUAUUCGGUGCCAAAGACUACAGAGAAUAUGGAGAUUAGCUUUUUUGUAAAAUCAUCGUUAGCGUUUGAUGAGAAGUUUCCGCCUGGGAGCUCUGCUCGAGCUAACCUUGAGGGCAACGUGAUCAGAGAGUAUAGAAGCUCUCUUUUCCAGUCAUGUCGCAUUGAGAUCCAGAAACGGCGGUGGAACAAGAAGAUCCCUGCGCCUAACUGUAAUGAACUUCAUGAACGUGGAUUUGUUGAUAGGCGAAUACCGAUAUGA